AUGCAUUUCGACGCGCAGGGCGCCUUGGAGAAUUCGUAUUUACGGCAACAGGAACGAGAACGUCGAGCCCAUCUGCGACAAGAAACGAAUCAGGAUACUGUUUACGCGCAAAGUGUUCGGGUAAGUAGCCGUGGACAAAGUGGCUCGCCUCUGUUGUCGGAGGAAACGAGAUCAGCCAGCAGCGUCCCGGUUGGGAGCGAAACCGUUGAAACAGUGGAAGAGGUACGUGUCGUGGCGAACGAUUCUCCGUUGCAGCGCGAAAACGUGUCGCGAAUGUCGAGGUAUCGCGAGGAACACGACGCGAAACGACCAUCCUCCCUCUCCGUUUCUGUCUCCGUCUCGAAGCAGGAGCACGAGUCGUCGAGUAUUUUUCGAGAUCGGGAGGACACCGCCGUAAAGUGUUUCACCGAGGAAAUGGUGUCCGUAGUGGCGAAUCGUUACAGGGGAUCGGACAAUUCACCAGACAGAACGUCCCCGCACGGAUAUUCCGUUCAUUCGAGCGACAAACGGAACGUUUCGCUGGGCAAGACAUCAUUCUGCAUCGAUGCGUUACUUGGCCGAGCGACGGGAAAACAGGAGAAUCUCGAUCACGAUCGAUCGGAACGCGAUCGAAGCUUUCCGCUCGCCACGAGAAAUCCUACCGUCGACCUGAAUUCCUGUUUAGGGAAUAGCUCUGUUCUGCACGGUCACGAAAGGGUAUCGCCUUGUACCCUCGGAAUAUCUGGAGGGGUCCUAGGUGGAAUUUCAACGCGAACCGAUGGAACGGAUGAUCAAAGGACGUCUUCGUCGUCUAUGACAAGGCUCCCGAAUCCGUUCGACAGACCCAUGCAACAGAGCUCGGUCUCGCCGAGCUUGGAAAUUGUUCGCGAUGGAAACGACCGGCAAGACAUUCAUGAACAACCGAUACGGGAUGUUCGUUUGUCCAACAUACGCGUCGAUUCCGUAGAAGGUACAACAACCACCGCGACAGCGACAGAUGUUUCGAUUCAACGAGGCAAAACUAUUUUUCGGGGGGAUCGUGUGGCGAUCGGUAACGGAGGAUUUCGCAUCGAUCGAUUGGACAGCGUCGAGGACGACGGAACGAUGGAAGUCGAUCCUACGAGAACCGGAAGCGCUAGUUCUGGAAGUAACGCCAGCCAUAGUCCAGUCUCGAGUCCACCGAUCUCCCCGGGAUCGGAGGAACCUACCGGCAACGGUGUUCCUGGCAAUUCGAAUUUACCGACCGGCCAUUACGGCGCACUUGGCACUGGUACCGCUGUAACUCGACAGAAUCAAGCCCUUCUUUUACACCCGAGCGGACCCCUUAUUCAUCCCGGCGGAUUGUAUUAUCAUCCUGCGAGUGGCAGCGCGUUUCACUCGAUACACAAAGAAGGCCAGCCCAUUGGACACUCACAGGCUUCCGGACCUCAUCCUCAGCAACAUCACAUUCAUCCACUCCAACUGGAAUGGCUAGCUAGGACUGGCAUGUUAUACCCCAGAUUACCAGCCGAUUUAGCUGGUUGCGCGGCGCAGCACGCUCUUCUUGGGAAAACUAGAAGACCAAGAACAGCUUUCACUUCGCAACAGCUUCUCGAAUUGGAAAAACAAUUUAGACAAAACAAAUAUCUCAGCAGACCGAAGAGGUUCGAAGUGGCCACUUCGUUGAUGCUCACAGAGACACAGGUGAAAAUUUGGUUCCAAAAUCGGCGAAUGAAGUGGAAAAGGAGUAAAAAGGCGCAACAAGAGGCACGUACGAAUAACAAAGUGGAAGACGGAGGCAAUACGAGGAAUACCGAGAGGGAAGCUGGAAGCGGUGAUCCUAGCGGAAACUCACCGAGUUCGCAGGAGGACGCCAAGGGAACAUUACAGGACACACAACGUGGUACGACUGAUCUGCAAGAACCGCUUUAUCGGCCUUACGUGGUAUAA